AUGGAGGCUGAGACGGUGUCCGGGGUCAAGUCCCAACACACGGGCAACAACUUCCACAUUUUCAGUGCAUCACAGGGUCUCUUGUGCCUCAACUCAGAACAGACCUGGAAUCAGUGUGAGGAUUACAAGGUCAAGUUCACCUGCAGCGGACUCUUCUGUUCAGAGUGCAGGACGCGCUGGUUUGACCACGACGACCCAACAGGAAACGGAGACUACGAGGUCCUCAGUGACCUUCUCAGAAUCUACCCCGGAGAAAUCUGCCGGCAGCCAAUCGCCAUCGAGGUCCAGACCGUCUCUGGAGAACCGGCCUCCAACACGUCUGACACCUUCUUAAAUUAUGACGCCACCUAUGGGUUUGCCUGCGUAACUGCAGAUCAGGGGAGCAGGGGUUGUGAAGAUUACAAGGUCAGAUUCACGUGUCCGGAAGAGUUCUGUGAAGUGUCCCAGCGCUGUCGAACCCGCUGGCUGAGCAGUGACGACCCGUCGGACGAGGGGGACGUCGAGUCUUUACCUCAGCUGAUGAAAAGCUUCCCCGGUCAAGUGUGUAAAAACCCAAUCAGCAUCGAGGCCCAAACCACGAGAGGAAUAUCCGCCCACUACACUGGAGACACCUUCCUCUCCUAUGACGUAACGUUUGGGUUUGUGUGCAUCAACGACAAACAGAGGAGUAAACAAUGUGAGGAUUAUCAGGUGGUCCUGACCUGUCCUCCAGACUUCUGUCAGGGUUGCAGGACUCGCUGGUUCGACGUGGACAGUCCCACAGGGACAGGAGACUAUGAGACUCUCCUCCAGCUGCAGAUGCUUUACCCGAGUGAGGUGUGCAACCAGCCGGUGGCCAUCGAAGCCAUGACGCUGUCUGAUGUCCCUGCUCACGAGACGGGGGAUGUCCUUCAAGGGUGAGUUACGGGACUGACGAGAGACAAUGAUGACAACAAGACUGCUUGAUGCACAACACGUCUACUCACACAUUCUACCAUUACUGACAAUACCUGCUCCCUUCAUCUCUG